CGCUGGACGGCGCGCGAGACGCGCGCGCGCGCGGGCGACAGAGCCAGGGUGGACGGACGAUCGAGGCCGCGCGACCGGGGACGUGGACGACGCGGCGAACGAGGCGCGUCGUCGCGCGCGUCGAGGCGGAGGACGCGAACAUCAAGGCGGAGAAUACGAAGGAUGACGUCACGACGACGGAACUGGGGGCGAACGUCCGGCAGUUGUUGGGGUUCAAGGGGGCGGGGGAGACGGAUGACAUUUGGAAGAUUCGCGUGCAGCUGACAAAGCCCGGCACGUGGGUGCCGCUGAUCUGGGGGGUGAUGUGCGGCGCCGCGGCGAGUGGGCAUUACGAGUGGAAUCUGGAUAACAUCGGGAAGGCGAUGCUGUGCAUGACGAUGAGCGGGCCGUUUUUGACGGGGUACACGCAGACGAUCAACGAUUGGUACGAUAGAGAAAUCGACGCGAUCAACGAGCCGUACAGACCGAUUCCGAGCGGAGCGAUCUCGGAGAAUGAGGUCAAGGCGCAGAUUGCGGUUUUGCUGGUCGGUGGAUGGGCGUGCGCGCUGCAGCUCGAUCGGUGGUGCGAACACGGAUUUCCCAUCGUGUUCUUCUUGGCAUUGUUCGGAUCGUACAUCUCUUACAUUUACAGCGCGCCGCCGCUCAAGCUCAAGGCGGAAGGCUGGAAGGGGUGCUACGCGCUCGGUGCGUCGUACAUAGCUCUUCCUUGGUGGGCGGGUCAAGCGACUUUCGGGACGCUGACGCCCGACGUGAUGGUUCUCACCGUCUUGUACUCCAUCGCCGGUUUGGGCAUCGCCAUCGUGAACGACUUCAAGUCCAUCGAGGGUGAUCGCAAACUCGGUUUGCAAUCGCUCCCGGUCGCCUUUGGCGUCGAGAAGGCGAAGUGGAUCACCGUCGGAACGAUUGACAUCACCCAGCUCUUUGUCGCUUUCUACCUACGCGCGAUUGGCGAGGAAUUCUACUCCAACGUCCUCUUCUGCAUGAUCGCCCCGCAAAUUUACGCGCAAUUCAAGUUCUUCUUACCGGACCCCAUCAAGAACGACGUCAAGUACCAAGCGAGCGCGCAACCGUUCUUGGUGUUCGGUUUACUCUUCACGGGCCUCGCGUGGGGCCACCACGUGAAUAGUCUGAUGUGA